UACGCCAUGCAUGACAAAAUCCUAGAAACAGAAAUGGUGCAAGCUGGCUUUGACUAGUUUCCCUUCCCCCUUAUCUCUAAUGUGGUACCAAAACUAGUCCAAAUUCAGUCCCACUUUUGUUCUAUAUAUAUCACUGUCAGAUCAAAUACUAGCAUUUGAAACAUUAACUCAAUCCUUCAAAACAAAUUAUUUCAGCAAAACCCAAAACAGAGAAAUUACUAACGAGCUAGCUAGGUGCAUCUUCCAAUCCAUAACAAUGGUGGAUGUAGUGGAUUCAGCUUAUCCCAAGCAUGCCAUAUUCACCGAGGCCGAAAACAUACCGUUGAUCGAUCUCUCGGCCGAAUCGAACCUUUUAGCUGAGAUAAGGGAUGCAUGCAAGGAAUGGGGAUUCUUCCAACUUGUCAACCAUGGAGCCUCUCUAGAAUUGCUCCGCAAUAUCAAGUCGGCGGCGAGAGAGUUCUUUGCACAGUCCAAGGAGGAAAAAGGAAAGGUGAAGAGGGAUGAAGUAAACCCAUUGGGUUACUACGACUCUGAACAUACAAAGAACGUUAGGGACUGGAAAGAGGUGUUUGAUCUUGCCGUUGAGAGUCCAAUAGUGAUGCCGGUUUCCCAUGAUCCCAACGACAAGGAGCUCAUGGAGAUGCAUAAUCGGUGGCCGGAAUACCCUCCUAAUUUCCGGGAGGCAUGCCAAGAAUACGCUCUUGAAGUGAAAAACCUAGCUUUCAAGCUAUUGCAACUCAUUUCCAUGAGCUUAGGAUUGCCAGAAAACCAUUUGGAUGGCUUCUUCAAAGAUCACGCAAGCCUUGUCAGGAUCAAUCACUAUCCGCCCUGCCCAACCCCUGACGUCGCUCUUGGCGUCGGUCCGCACAAGGAUUCCGUUGGUUUAACCAUUUUGGCUCAAGACGACGUGGGAGGAUUGGAAGUGAAGCGGAAAGCAGAUGGGGCGUGGAUUCGAGUUGAACCCAUCCCUGAUGCCUAUAUUGUUAAUCUUGGUGCCAUUAUGCAGGCUUGGACCAAUGACAGGUAUGAGAGUGUGGAGCACAGGGCCAUAGUGAACUCUGAGAGGGAGAGGUUUUCAAUUGGAUUCUUCUUCAACCCAGCACACCAUGUCAAUGUAGAGCCCCUGAGAAAGCUGAUAGAUCACCAGAAGAACCCAGCAAAGUACAAGCCGUUCAACUGGGGAAAGUUUGUUGCCACUAGAAGGCGCAGUAAUUUCAAGAAGUUAGAUGUCGAAAACCUCCAAGUUUCUGAUUUCAAGAUUAAUGCGGCAGGGUUGGCCUAAAAUUAGCUGGCCAUUUCUUAAUGGUGAGAGAAGAGAUAGCACUAGUGUUGCAUAUGUACGUACACCUGUAACGAUCGAUCCCGUGAGUCCGUGACCAGACUAUAAAUAAAAAUAAGAGGUCCGAAGAAUAAACGGAUGCGUCUAGUUGUAUGAUUGCUUAUGCAUGUACGACUAUUAGCUAGCUUUCUUAUAGUAAUAAGAUGGCGUGUUGGAUA